AUGGCAAUUUAUUGUUUUCCAUUAUUAGUUGAUCAAGAACAAUUAAAUUUAAUUGAGGUUCCAAUCAUUAGAAAACAAUAUGAAAUUCAACAAUUAAUUUGGUUAUUUGGUCAAUCCAAUGAAAUUUGCUCACAAUUUGAUAAAUGGGCAAUUGAAUUAAGGAAUACAAUUCAAAACUAUUGUGGUGAUAAUAAAAUCCUUUUCAAUAGAUUCAUAAAUUCUGGUAUUACAACCAUUGAAGGUACUCUUUCAUUUCAUAAUAUUAAUUAUUCAUCAAUUUAUCAAUUGGAUAAUUAUAUAAAUAUUCGUAUUCAAAAUAGUUCAGUUGGAUUUUUAAAUAAUUUUAAUCAUCUUUUUAUUUUAAAAUCACUUCCUACAAAAAUAAAAGUUAAAGAAAAAUAUAUUCAUACUUUUAAAUUAAAAUCUCAAGAAAUUGAAUUUAUUAAAGUUAUAAAUUCUCAAAAAUAUUUAAUUUAUGGUUCCAUAAAGUAUUCAAUAGAAAGUAGAAGAUAUAAUUGUAAAGAAUUAAAUCAAUUAUUAUAUAAAUUUAAAAACUAA